CGGCUACCUCACCCUCUCCUCACAGUGGGGAGAGGAGCAGCCGGCGGAGGAAGCAGACCGAAGGAAACAUACAAUUAUGUUUCCACAUGGACGAAAUGAUUCUGAAGAAUCUGAAGGGACAACAAUAGAGCAAGAAGAGCACAUGAUAAUUUAUCACUCUGAUAAUGAUCAGGAUUCCAGUGCUUCACAGACGGGUGAUAUUCUAGCUCACAUUAACACUGCUCUUAGUGCUAAGAGACACAGAAUGGAAACAACUGCCCAAGAGGCCGUUGAGGGAAUUGACCAAAAAAUGAAACAAAUUUGGCACUCACAUGAAGUUGCAGUGGCGAAGUUUAAUGAAGACUCUGCCCAGUUAUUCAUGAAACCGUUUGAGCAAUGGAAUUCAGAUUUUCAGAAAAUUAGAGAACAACAUGAUAAACUAAUUAAUGAUUUUCAACAACAAGAAAAGAUUUUUCAAGAAUCCAGAUUUAUUCAUAUGCAGAUCCUGAGAACAGUUAAACAUGUGCAUGAACAGUUCUUAAAGGAUUUGGCAGAAAUGGAGGAGAGGAACAACGAACUGCUUACUGGUGCACAAAAUGAAAUUAAAGAUGAAAUGAAUAAGCUGCAAAAAAAUUAGGAGAGAAUCUAUAAGUUGUAUUUCAGAUUGGAAAGAUAAAUUAAUGAGAGCACUGCAGUAUUUUAUUUCCUAUGUAUUAAUAAUAUGAACUAAAACAUAAACCUGUUUACAGUCUCUGUUCCUUAAACAGCAACAGGAAAAGAUGGCAAACGUUCAAAAUCAAUGAUGUUUUGAUGGGAGGAAUAUUUGAAGGAGGAACUUAACCUAAGUGAUACAUUUCAAAUGUCAGCUAGGAAACAUGGUUUAAGACAAGUUUUAGUUUAAAUGAUAAGGUCUUUAGCCAUUAGUUUGUUUACCUCGUCCUACUUUCUUUCAAAUAA